AACCAUGCUUGCUCAACAAACUCGCACACACAGCCCACGCUCUCUGCUGCUGAUCCCUUGCUCUCGCGUCUGGUGCUCUAGGUCGUUCUUGAGUCUGCUAGUUCCACCGAGUUCUGUUCGGUGUGUUGCCACGUGGAGAUUAGUGAGCCAACUCCUGCCGUCAGUCUGCCUCAGGCUCGUUUCCUUGACCUCCCUCCGCGCUCACCUCCUUGGCUACUGUCGCUAGAAUCUGUAUUAUGGCGGGCCGACUCUCGCACAAACCUCCAGCUCCACUCCAGACUCCGCCCUGGGCGGCGGGCCUGCGGGGAGGGGGAAUGGAGGACGACGCGGAGCGACCGCGCGGAGUGCGCGCCUCCAGCGGUCGCGGGCUCCGCCGAGCUUCCACGGAGCGCGCAGCGACGAUGGAUUCGCUGCCGUCAGUCCUGCCGGUGGGUGCGGGCAAUGCGGAGGAGCAGCGGUCUCCCAACGACUCGCAGGCAGCGUGGCCAGCAGCUGAUUUUAUUUCCGGCCCUUUUGACGGCAACGCGGCAGUAGAGCCGGUGAGCCGUCAGCGUGGCCCGUCCGGCGUGCCGCGGUGCUUGAGCUUCGACGGGUACCAGUCGCGCACGGCGGAGUCCACGUGGGCGAGCUCCGCCUGGGGGAGGGCGUAUCUGGAGCGAGGCAGCCCGCGGAUGCCCCGCGGGCAUCGUGCCGUGCGCGGGAGUUUGAGCGCAGGCGCGGGGGGUUUGGGCAGUCUGCAGCGGGUAGAGUCGGGCAAGGUGGCGACGACGAUUGUCCAGAUCUGAGACGCCCCGCCGUGUGAUGCGGGUCACGACUCAACUAACCGACGCGGCGCCACCGCAGCCGCCCUGAACCUGAAUAUAGGUGACUUUUGAGUCGACUCAAAAGCCGCCCUGAACCUGAAUGUAGCUUGCGCGUCCGCGCUGCCUCCGCGGAAGGCUCCGCGCGUCUGACGCCUGCUGCUUGCGCCAACCUCAUUUUUCCGCUAUGGAGGCUCGGCGUGCUCCAUUGCCCGACUGCUCUCCUUUCCAUCUAUUUUUCUAGAACUGCAAGGAAAUGUAUGCCUUUGCAUGCUCAGUCAUUAUAAUUGUUUGUUAGGUUACUUAUACUUGUAUGGUUUCCAUUGAACACUAUGCUCCAGCAAUACUAUAUCAUGUAUGUUGGAUCCAUCUUUGCCUCACAUGCUGACGCUUUCCGCCCCCCAUCAAACGAUUUCACAUUUCGCGGUGUGGAGCAUUCGUCAUGCCGCCGCUUCCGUCGCCGCCAGAUUCGGCGAAGCCUGUCGAGAAUCCCUCAGCGGCGCAUGCUUCCGACCUCACUGACCCCGCCUCCGCUCUCCCCGCCGACUCUCCCGCUCCCCCCGAAGCUCCUCCUGCGGCGAGUUCCAAUCCGCCCGCCAUGCCGCAUUCCUCCUCCGCUACGGCCAGUGCCCCUGUAACGAAUGCGCCUGUAGUGAGCGCUCCUCCAUCGAAUGCGUCUGUAGCGGGUGCGCCUGUAGGAAGCGCGACUGUAGCGAGCGCGCCUGCCGCGGGCGCGGCGGUGGCGGAGCAGUACCGCGCGCUGCUGGAGAAGGCGUGCGCCAAGUUCGCGCGGCUGCGCGAGCUGCCGCUGUACGGGCGGCAACGGUGGGAGGCGCGCUUCCACAAGGCGUUCAGCGUGUACUCGCGCCUCUGGCGCUUCCAGCAGGAGCACCGCGCGCGCCUCGUCGACCACGGGCUCAAGCGGUGGGAGAUCGGCGAGAUCGCGUCGCGCAUAGGGCAGCUGUACUACAACUACUACCUGCGCACGGGCGACGCGAGCUACCUGCUGGAGGCGUUCAUCUUCUACGACGCCAUCCACAGGCGCGAGUAUUUCCGCGAGGCGGCGCGCGGGGAUGCGGCGGUGGCGCACAAGCAGCUGCGGUGGCUGGCGCGGUUCACAGUGGUGUGCGUGCUGCUGGGGCGGCGGGAGAUGCUGCGCCAGCUGCUGUGGCAGCUUAGGCUGCUCGUCGACGACUAUGCGCGCGCCUUCCAGGCGGCGGACGCGGCGGAGUGGAAGGGCGUGGUGCACGAGGCGGUGCGCUUCCUGCGCGCCGACUGGCCCUCCGACUGCCCGCGCCCGCUGCGCUACUCCGUGCUGCUCGACCCACCGCCCGGCGCGCUGCCCCCCGUCGCGACGCUCAUGGCGCCCGGCGCCCCGCGCGCGCUGGCCCUGCAGGAAGUCGUCAUCACGUCCUUCUACCCGCUCGAGGUGAAGCUGAGCGAGCUCACGCUGGACGCCUUCCGCGUGCUGCAGGCCGUGGAGUGGCUGCCCAGUGGCUUCUUCGUCAAGACGGCACAGGGGGGGGUCGCCACGCAGGGCUUCAGCGCUGCAGGGGGCGCGGGGGGCGGUGGUGCGGGUGGUGAGGGCAGGGAAGGGGGCGAGGGGCCGCGCCUGGUGGGGGGGGCGGAGGAGAACGUGGUGGAUCCGAGCCUGCCGCCCAACCCGCACAAAUACGUGCUGCACCGCCCCACCGUGCCGCACCUGCUCAUGGUGCUGGCCACAGCCGUGGACGAGCUGCCCCCCGACGCCGCCCUGCUGCUCUACCUCUCCGCCACCGCCACCCUUGCUGCCCCCCCCGCUGCUGCUGCCCCCCUCCCUGCCCCCUCCGCGUCCACCCCCGACCCCUCUGCCGCAUCACCUGCUGCCCCCGCCGUGGCGAGCAGCAGCAGCAGUGUGUCGCGAGAGGAAGGUGGGCUGGCAAGCGGCCCUUCAGGCGACGCAGCAGCUUCAGCCGCUGCAGAGGCCGGCGCACGGCCAGGGGAAUCCAAGCAGUGCAGCAGCAGCGCAGCAGAUGCGGGCGGGGGGGUCAGUGCAGAGGGGCAAGGCACAGAGGGUCAGACGGGCAGCAGAGCACGAGGUGAUGGGGGCGAGGGGGAUGGAGGCAGGGGGGGGGACGGGGUGUGGUUGCGGAUGGGCGUGGGGCCAGAGGAGGCACACAUGUGCUACCUGCGGGCAUCUGACAUCCUGCCCUUCACCCGCCGGCCACUUGUGCUCAUAGUGGAUAGUGACAACAGCAUGGCGUUUGAGUGGGUGCAUGGCAGGGAGCGCGGACAGCCGUGCGCCAUGCUGCUGUCACCCCGCCUGCAGCCCGACAUCAGCUCGGCCCCCCGCCCCUCGCGCUCCCAGCCCUCCACCACCGCCACCGCCACCGCCACUGCUGAAAUGGCGUCCUCAGCCUCCGCUCAACCUGCCUCUGCUGCUGCUGCUGCUGACAUGGGCGCAGAGGCGCCCUCAGCUCACCCCACUGCCGGCCCGUCCAGCCCCUCCUCUGCCCUCUCCGCUGCGCCUGCUGCUCCUGCUGCUGCUCCCCCUGCCUCCUCCACCUCCUCCUCCCCCCUGUCCCUGGCCACGGCCACGCACCUGGCGGGCGGCAACCUGUUCACGCUCUUCCUCACGGCCCCCCUGCAGGCCUUCUGCCGCCUCACUGCCGUCCACCUGCCCGAUGUCCCCAAGGAGCGGUACAUGGCGUGGGAGCGGCACCUGGCCAUGCUGCUGUCGCAGUGGGGCUCCUCUCUCGCGGCGUGCCCCACACUGCCCCUGGCGUGGGCGCGCCUGCUGCUGGACCCCUUCCUGCGCCUCUUCCUCCUGCGUUUCGUCUUCGCCCGUGCUGUGCUCGCGCUGCACGUCUCCUAUGCCGCCCGCCCAGCCUUCCACCCACACUGCUGCCCACCCCUGCCGGCCACAAUGCUCCCCUCCCACCCCGCGAUCCACUCUGCCGUCCGCCACCUCGCUCAGCAGUGCGGUGUUGCCGCCCAGUUCCCGCCGCCCAGUAGCAGCCCGUGCCCCCCACAAGUGACAGAAAAGCGCGGCGAUGGAGAGGUGGUGGUGGGUGGUAGUGCUGUCGGUGCUGGUGCUGCUGGUGCGGCCAGUGGGGAGGAGGGGGGAGCAGAGGGACGCGGUGAGAGCGGGGAGGGCAUGGAGAGGGGGGGCAGCAGGGACGCAGAGUCAGGCAGCAGCGCAAUCACAGGUGCAGGCACAAGCAGUGGGAGUGGGGUGGACACUGGGAGUGAGGGUGGGAGUGAGGGGGGGAGGACAGUGAGUGUGGAGGAGAGGAGGCGGCAGUUUGCAGCGGGGAGGAUCGGAGGGGUGCCGGUGCUGGGCGGCAUGGGGUUUGAUUCCUUCAGGCAGGACACUGUGGUGGGGGGGGCUGGUGCUGUGCAGGGUGGGGGAGAUGCAGAGGCUGCGUGGGAGCAGCCGGCAGUGGGGGAUGAGGGGUGACGGGUGGUGGAGGGAAGCGGUGGGGUGGGGGUGUGUGUGUUGUGGGGCGUGAAGAGCGGGGGUAUUUCUUGGAGGCAGGAGCAGCUUGUGCCGUGUCCUGUACCAUGCGCUGUGCGGUGUACCGGUAUGUGUGAAGAAGCCUUGAACAAGGAAUGUCAGUCAAGUCAAACCCAGUCAAUUGCCAUCCAGCCUUGGCGACAGCCAGAGGGUGAGAGAGUGUCCGGCAACACCUGCUGAUGAUGGCCACGUAGGCCAGCAAGUGCAGUCCGGUUCCACACUGCCCGCCUGACCAAAUUGCAGAAGCGCAUGGAAUGCGGAGGGCAGCAGUGGACAAUGGCCAAGCCAAGGCUACCCACCCACACAUGGCUACAAGCUCUACGGGUGCAGCAGCUAUCGUAGUCGCGUUGCGUUGCGUUGCAUGGCUCAUGCGGCAGAUGGGCUUCAUGCAGUCCCAAAUGUUGGGCACCACUUGGCAGUGGUGCAGGUGCUUUGCCUGUUGGGCCCCUGCAGGCGGUGCCAGCCAACAACGCUGUACACCAU